GAUAUGUGGGCGGAGGAUUCGGGACUCAGCUGGUCGCCCUGUGUUAAUUAAAAACACGCAGUCCUCAGAGAGACAAGAAGAAGAGUGUUUAUAGAAACCCGCCCAGUGCUGCUCUCUACCACAGAGGAAGAAGCUACAGCAGAUGCACCUUAUUUAAUACAGGUGUUUUAUAAAGGUGUAUCUACAGGUGGUCUACAUCAUGAGUCGCUGGCGUCAUUCGGUGGACAAGCUAGCAGCACGGCGGCAACAACAGGGCGAGUGUGAGCGCGCUCAGGAUGCUCUCAGUCGGGUCACUUCCUGUUUUCAGCAGCUAGCUGCAUCGCUCGGCAGCUCGGCCGAUGGUGGCUUCCUGCGAGAUGAGAUGGACGAGACAAGAGCGGUCGCUCACCGGAUCUCCAGUGGUCUUUCCCACCGACUGCUGCACCUGCUCUCAGACUGUGAUUCUGCCCCCUUAGGUGUGCAGGACAGGCAGGUGUUGGAGCGUCUGUGGGUUCUCUUCCUGUCGGCAUUGGAGAACUUCCUGUCUGACCUGCGUAAGGCGCACAAUCUGAUCGGGCAGUUCCCUCUGGCUCAGCCCAACCACAGGUGCUCACUGGUCAACACAGGCUGUAUCGAUGGCACGGUGGGCGUGGCAGCUCGGGUGGCCUCGGUUCAGGUUCCGUGGCUCACCUUGGAGGUGGAGCCAAACCCCGAUCUGGCCAAUCACAUCACAGGACUGGAAGCUAUGAUGAGCGAGCUGCAACAGAAGGUCCCUGUGGCAUUCUGGUCAGUGGAGGCGACCCAUCCAGCGUGGGCCGAAGCUCACAGUGAGCCGGACGACCCAGUGGAGACCCUGGAGGACCUGAUGGAGGUUGAGGUUUUCUCUGGUGCCAAGAAGAUGGCGUGCUGUGGGCUGGGCUGUGUUGGGUAGAUUUAAGCAGUCUCCAGGGAAAUCUGAGUCUCCAUGAGUAAAUGCUUAGAAAACAAAAUCGUGCUUUAGAAGAAACACAGGAUAAAACUUUAUGAUAAAAUGUAAAGCUGAAGUCCUGGAGCUGUAGAGUCCCUGCUUCUAAUAAAGCCUUGUGUUUUCCUCCUAAAUGUGUCACAACCAAUCAGAGAGCUGCUCAGGUGAGGACCUGUGAGGAGGUGGAGCAUGAUGUUCAGAGGAUUCAGGGUUCAUUUGUCUUUGUAAUCUUCAGAGGAUCAAUAAUCAAUAAAUCAGUAAAACAGUGAUCAAAGCUGGCAGAUCAAUACUUACAGUGAGUGACUCAUUGUUGGUGUCACCUUAAGAGCUGCUGGUUGCGUCUGAACUUUCCUCCUCUGCACGCUGCACAGCAACAGGUAAAACAGGUAAAGGUGACGGGGAACCUUUUUGAUACAACACCUUUGAAUGAGACCAGCAGCAAUUUAACUGAGUACUAGGGCUGCAACGAUUAGCCGACAUUGUUGACAAUAAUUGACAAUAAAAAUAGUUGAUGACGAAUUUAAUU